AAGAGCAAGUGCUCUUUUAUGCAUUUUUUUUAUCCGGUUUGUUCGGAUCCCAGGCGACGGAGGUGAGAGUGAGGUGGAGUUCAAUCCCAUUUUCGUGAGUCAUGAUCCCCAAAUUGGAUUGGAGCGUACUGGUUGAGGCGGCUGAUGGGCUGGGUCUUCUCCAUGGCUUACCUGCAGAACUGGUCACAGACUAUGAGAAGAAUGACGACUUCCUGUGUAAAAUACACAGGGUUUUGCUGGAGGUGAAGGUGCUGGAGGGCUGUCUGCAGUGCCCAGAGUCUGGCCGUGAGUUCCCCAUCUCCUUGGGGGUUCCCAACAUGCUGCUGAAUGAGGCAUAGAGGAGAGUGGUUGGGUUGGGGGGGGGUUGGUUACCCCCAACAUGGGCUCUUAGAUGUACAGAGAGAAAUACACCACUUAUCCAUACGGUAACCCCCCAUUUGCCCUUCUCCACCAUCUCACACCAACCAUUCAUUGUAUGGGACUGCUGGCAUUAGAAGUGAGGGCAAAAAAUUGAUUCCUGUUUAAGACUGUAUAGGAAGAAAUAUAUGUUGAAGUGGUUAUAUAGUACAGUACAUGGGGCAAUGGGAUGUGAAUACACCGCCGCCCCCAGAAAACCACAGAACUGAUCUGAAUGCUUCUAUGUUGUCCAAUAUCUGGGAGAUGAUUUUGUUUAAUUUAUUAAUUUAAUAAAAAGUAUAAUUCCUUGG